AUGGCCCCUGAAUUCGAUCCUAUGUUUACAGAGGAGUUGAAGCUCUUCUGCAAUAGUGUGAUUCCGGCCCUCGGCGUCGCAUAUGAGUAUCAUUACUUUCCAAAAUUGGAGCAUGCAUUUUCCGUCCGAGGGAAUCCCAACGACUCAGCCGAGAUGAAGGGAAUGAGGAAGGCAAAGGACGCGGCCGUCAAGCGGGGCCCUUUCGUAGCCUUGGGGAUGCAGAAGACUGUUGUUGCGUUCAUGAUCUUCCAAUAA